UAUUGCAUAGUUUAUUUGCAUUCAUUGGUCAGCAUCCUCAGUUAUGUCUGCUUUGAAAGAAAAAUCCGCUGAGGUUUUAAGUUAAUGAUCCAAGAUAUCCAAUUAAGAUUUUCAGCUUUGAAAAACGUGGAAAUACGGUACAGCUGUGUACUGGAUGUGGUGUGCUACUGUUAAGUUCCAGCACUUUAAGGAAAGUUUCAGGAGUGACUAAUACACUAAUUCAUUACCAGAGGUCACAGAGCUGUCAUAAUUGACAGCGUUGAGUAUGAAAAACCGGAAAACGAUGCAACUUCCAAAGCACGGAGGAUGGAGAAUGGUAUUGGAAAGUAACUUUUUUGCUGGGCUCAGGAGUUUUUAUAUGCUCAAGCUAUAGACACCUGUACCAACGCAAUAAAGACUAACGUAAUCUAACUAUUCUACAAACGGUCACACCUACCCAGACUAACUGGAAAACAAUGGUUUAUAACUGGAAUUAAAUAGUUGCUGUUCUUUAAUUAAUGAGAUCGGUGUUCUUGAAUAGCUACAGCGUACGAACUCUACCCUGGUCCAUAUCUGCUUUUUAAAGCCUUCCCCAGAACUGCUCUCACUUCAGCCUUGGUGCCUUCCCGGAUAUACCCUCCAGAGGCUUCCCUGCUCCCCAUCCUGGACGUCAGCCUCUGCACCUAGAGGCCGGCUUAGAGGGAAGACGGGCAGAGGCGGGGGAGAAAGGAGAGAGAGAAACGGUCAAUUCCUCCUUAACUCCGGGCCCCCUCGCGGGCCUCACCCCUCCUCCCGGGGGCUGAGAUUGGAGAGGAAGUGGGAAGGCUCCAAUCUGUUCCUCACUCCAGCGCCCUCAUGCCCCCACCCUUCUCUUCAGCUCGGGGCUUCGGCGCGCCUCGUCCCCGCCCUUCGCCCCGGGAGAGGAGCGGGCGGCGUGGGAGGACUCGCGGAGAAAGGCCCAGGGGAGUGGACGACCUCCGCCCGGCAGCCACAUCCGCGGCAGCAGGGACCCGGAGCCAUCCGCCCGCGGGCGAGCCAGGCCCGAGGGCAGCCCCGGAGACCGCGGUGGCCGGAUGCGCAGGCGCGUCACUUCCGGGCGGUGCAGCGGCGGCCGCUUGGAAGAUGGCUGCGCCCUGUGGCUCGGAGCUGCCCGCCAACUCGCCGCUAAAAAUCCCGAAGAUGGAGGUGCUCUCCCCGGCUUCUCCUGGUGGCCUGAGCGACGGAAAUCCAUCGCUGUCCGACCCUUCCACGCCUCGGGGUGCCUCCCCACUCGGGCCGGGCAGUGCAGCGGGCUCGGGGGCAGCGGCGUCCGGGGGUCUCGGGCUGGGGCUGGGGGGCCGCAGCGCCGCCUCGUCCUCGGUCUCCUUCUCCCCUGGUGGCGGCGGUGGCGGGGCUGCGGCAGCCGCCGCCGCCGCCUGCCGGGGCAUGUCGUGGACGCCGGCCGAGACGAACGCGCUCAUCGCAGUGUGGGGCAACGAGCGGCUGGUGGAGGCGCGGUACCAGCAGCUGGAGGGAGCCGGCACGGUGUUCGGCAGCAAGGCCCCCGGGCCAGCCAUGUACGAGCGCGUGUCCCGGGCCCUGGCCGAGCUGGGCUACGAGCGGACCCCGUCCCAGUGCCGGGAGCGCAUCAAGCUGGUUCGAUGCCCAGAACUGAAUGCUGUGCUCCAGCUGUGGCCUCACCGGUGCUGAAUAGAGAGGAAGAGCCACCUUCAUAGCUUACAUGUGAUUCCUCUGCUUAUACAACCCAAUACUGGAUUUACUUACUUUGGCAAGAUAGCUGCAUUGUGCACUGUAUUUAAUGUUACGUGUACUGUAACCCUGGGUCUUUCUCUGCAUUGCUGCCGUUAAACCCCCAAUCCUGCCAAUCUAAAACUCCUGCCUUUGUUUACCUUCCCCCUCCCCCAUAGACUCCCCAUACAUUCAUCCACAAUGAAUGUCAUCUUUUUAUUCUCUCAUUUCCUUUUACUCUAAUCUUAAACUUUGGCAAAACUUUCACUCUGUCCUAUAAAUUGUCAGUUGUCAGCCAUCUUAUUUUUCUCCCUGCUUUGGUAAUGGGACAUCUUUGAAGUCUUUUCUCUGGCUCUUUUCCCUUCAUAGUCAUGAAGCACUUGGCAUGGUGGAUUUAGUAAGCAUUCUCUUGCCAUUGCUUCCAAAUCAAAUACCAUGAACUCCUCUGGGUUGACCACCGAUCAAGUUGUUACCUAUGCUUUAGUUCUUCAGUCCAGGUUUUCCUGACCCCUCCUGACCUCUAUCCCUACAGCUUCGUUCAGGAUACAGUAUUCUCUCACGACUCUUCCUCCAGGGGGAGACAACAGCAUCUUCCGACAGUCAGGAAAAUUACAAUCUCUAAUUGUGAAUAGAAUAGUUUUUAAUAAUUUUAAGCACAUUUCUGCCCCUGCCCCAGACCUUAAUUUUUAGAAACUAUUAAGCUUAAGUUACUACAAAUUUCUAGGAUGAGUAAAAUAAAGGAAGAAGAAAGGGAAGCAAGAUUUUUGUGUUGAAUAGGACAUGGUUCUCCAAGAAAGCCAAAUUGAGGUUCUUGUUGGAUUUGAGAGCUGUCUGAAAUGGGAAUUGAGGCUUCGUUUUUCUGAGCAUUAUUGUAAUCCCACCUCUAGAGUAGGUUUUUAAAUUGGUUUAUUUAGGACUGUUGACACGCACAGUCUUAAUUACAUGCUUUGGCUAAUUUAGAGUGUGGAAAGUGUAACCUUUUUUGCUUUAUUGUGGGUGAUAAUUGGAAGGUCUCCAUAGUUCCUUUUUAUCCAUCUCUAAACUCCCUCAAGUUUAACUAAAUCCCAGUGCUUCUUACAGUACCAGUCAAGCCGAAGUUUCAGUUCUUACUGUUUUUUUUCUUAGUUGAUGUGAUUUAAAUAGCCUCUCCUUGGAUCCGUGGUCUUUACUGAACCCAGAAGUUACCUCUUAAGUGCAUUUAUAUCUUGAGAGAGUUAAAAUCAGUUGGGAAAUCUUUUUUAACAUGAUUUCAAUACAUCAAAUUCCUAUCAUGGAUUUAAAAGUUACCAAGCAUCUUUCCUUCAGGCCCCUGAUAGAUAUUUUGCAUACUAGCAUAGUGCACUAUUCAAGUGUAUUACAAAAGUACACUACAAAGUAAGAGGUAGCAAGAUCUGUUAGUGUCUUUUGAUAAAUUGUAAAAUGUAUCACCUGACUUUUCUUCCAUAUCUGUAACCAUUAGAUACUGCUAGUUUCCAUAUUCACAAUUACAUAAGCCAAGUGAAGUAUUAAGCUCAAUUUGGUGGUUCCAAAGACAGUAAGAGUCUUUUCUGUGGUUUCCUACCAUGUCUAUCGCCAGAGAUUGGUGGCUUUGCUUAUGCUUGUGUCACUUCUUGUUAAGUGUGGUACCUUUCUUGAAAGGAAUGUUAGUUUUAUUCCCUGGCUUCUGAAAUAACCCUCAGCAACAGAGCCAGCUGGGCCCUUGUGUGUGCUGAAUGCUUGUCUCCAGACAGUCAGUAAGUAGUGAGCAGUGGCAUGGUUUCCUUCUCCAUUUAUGGCCUUGGAAGGGUGAAAGGGACAUGGUUGGGACUCUCCAUUUACGGUCCUUGGAGGAGUUGAAAAGAGUGGUUGGGGUGUUCUUGGAGGCAGAAACUAGACAUUGUGAGAUAAAAAUAAAUUGGCAAGGGAUGUUUGGAAUUCAAAUUCCAAUCCCUGCAAGGAGGGCAGAGGGCGCUGGGAAAGGGGGAGUGUGUAGAAAGUCAAAUGAGCUCUGCCGCAGGCAUUUGUCUCCUUCCAUUGGAAGGUUUGCCCAUGACACAUUUGCCAAGUUUGUAUUUCUGGUUUGUUCUAGAAAAUUUUGUUUUAUGUAAUUGUGACUAUCUUUUACAAAGAGGAAGAAGAAACACUUUUAAAAAGAGUGUAUUGUUGGAAACCUCAGUUCUCUAAGGCAUCAUUUGAGGCUCCAGAAGAGACCUCAAGAAAGGGAGAAUGAGGCAGGUGCUUGUGCAGGGGGUAGGCCGGCUGGCUUUAGGGUGGGAGACUCUUAAUAGUUGCUCUGUUUUUGUGUGAGGAAGAUCACCACACAUGUCGUGCUUUUAUUAUUCCUUUUACCCAUCUAGAUUUCUGGCUUCAAGGGACAAUUUUUUAACUUAUCUGAUAGAGUGUCUUGUAGAUUGUCAACUGUGAUUUAAAGAUACUGAACUUCCUGGCUGGGUGCGGUGGCUCACGCCUGUAAUCCCAGCACUUUGGGAGGCCAAGGCGGGCGGAUCACCUGAGGUCAGGAGUUCGAGACCAGCCUGACCAACAUGGAGAAACUCCGUCUCUACUAAAAAUACAAAAUUAGCCAGGCAGGGUGGCGCAUGCCUGUAAUCCCAGCUACUUGGGAGGCUGAGACAGGAGAAUCACUUGAACCCAGAAGGCGGAAGUUGCAGUGAGCCGAGAUGGCACCAUUGCACUCCAGCCUGGGCAACAAGAGCAAAGUGCUGUCUCAAAAAAUAGAUAAAUAAAGAGACUGAACUUCUUUGGAGGCUCUAUAGAGAUUAUUAAGAGUUGUUUUCGUUUGGUGAAAAUAGUUAACAUACUGGCUUAUGGAGAGCAAUCUCACGUUUAGGAUAAAUUUAGUCUGGCAAUGCCUAUAAAUUAAGUCUGAGCUGAACUACUUUUGAACAGUUGAGUUAGAAAGUAUUUGGUAGCCACCAGGGAAAAGAGAUCUUAUUUCAAGAAAAUUAUUAGUGAAACUCAGUAAAGUAGAAGGGAGAUUAGAAGGAACAAAAGGAGGCAGAGAUGGGAUAGAGACUGGUUGCAACUUAACUAAAUUUGGAAGCUGAGAUUAAGCCCUUGAUUUAUCUUUUGAAAUGCCAUAUAAGAUAGCAUAAGAUGGUACCAUUAAAUUCAGGAAACUGGGCUAAUAAUCGGAAAUAUGUGUUAGAAAUAAAGACCAUGGUAAAAAUGGAAGGGUUGUACAAGAGAAUAAAAUUAUUCAGGUUUUAUCUGUGGAUUUGCAUAAUGAUAUUUAUUUGCUGUGUGCCACAUGGCAGAAAAGGAAGUGAAAUAACACCCCUCUGUCCCGUCCUUCUCCCCAGAAAGAAAUCACUGGCUUCAUUUGUUGGUUUGUUUAGCUGGCAGCUCAAGUUGGUAGAAUAGAAUAGUAGAUUGACUAGUUUUAGACGUAGGUAUUAGUGUACUGUUUCUUGAUCAUUGAUGUUUGAGUCCUGGAAUUUGUAGCAUUAUUGAUUUGACCUCUGUUUUAAAUUUUAGCAGCUUCCACAAAGACUGAGUUAGUAAGGAAUACAACUAUGUAAGUAAUAUAUUUUACUAGCUAAUUUGUUUAGGCAAUUAUUUUUACCCUGUAUUCAUUCCUUCUUAAUCAAGAGUAAGGCAGGUAUUCUUUGCUUUGGGAAAUUCUUCUUUCUGUCCUCCCUUCCCUCACUUUUUCCAAAUUCUGGGCACAACAGCAACUCUCUCUCUUCUGUGGCAGGUGUGCAUCCUAUUGGCUGGCUGGUAUUUCUUGUUUUUUUCCCCCCUUAUUCUUUUUAAAUGGGGGUGGGGGUAUAAAAAUAUGUGUAUGGGGUACAUGCAAUAAUGUUGUAAUGUUUCUUGUUGUUUAAUGGAUAAUUAAUUGCAAAAUAAUUGUUUUAAUUAUAACAUGUUUGAGUAAAUGCUAAAUUAGUAUUUCUUUCUAAUAUAAUAAUGAAUUUGAAAUCUAGCAUUCCUGUAACAAUGUGUCUAUGUUUGUCUGUCUGUGUCUGUCUAAUAGUAAUUAAUAUCUGUGGUCCGUACCUGGAAGAGGAAGUACAGCUUUAAAGGAAUAACAAAAGACUUUGUGUCUUAGACCCUUCGCAGGUGUUACAGUCGGGUGAAAGAACAUGGUGUUGGGAAAAGAAAGAGCAGUUACACAUUUGAACAGUUGGAACAGGUGUUUGGUCAGGGAGGAUGGGAUGCUCAGC